UUCCUUUUUCUCUUUUUUUUUUUUAUGGUCCCACAAACUUAUCCUUUUUCAAAAUAAAUGACCUUAUUCAAUUUCCUUUUGAAUUAGUAAAGACCUCCGCCGUCUUUAACCUUCAUUGUGUUGGCAGUCCGUCUUUUAUCAAAACUGGUAGAUGCAUUCUCCAAAUUUAUCAAGGAUUAGGGAGUAUACACUGACCAACAAAUCCUAUAAAUACCCAUAUAUUAUUAUUAUUAUUUUCAUGCAAAGCAUCAAAUUGUUAACCUCGUGAGACUUCUCAGCAACAGUUUCUUGAUAAAUCAGAAACAGCUUGCAGAAAUGGUCCACUUUAGAGAUUACAUAUCUCCAUCCUCUAAAAACAAGUAUCUUCUAAUUGAGGCUAAUAACGGCACGAUUUUAACUAGGCUAUUGACUGAAACUCCAACAACAGGCAAAUGUGCAGACCCGUGGCCACCCUUGCAAAAUUCUCUCCAUAUGUCAGUUUGAACUUCGGAACAUGACAUUGGUGUUAAAACAUCGAUUAAAGUAUGGCUUCUUCAAACUCCCAACUAACGUCAAUUGAAUAUUGCGACCACCCUUCCUUGCUUAGGACAUCGAAUACUCAAAGGAGAUAUAUGUUGGGGAAACACUAUGGAGGUAGCUGGUGAAUAUCGUCAUACUCAAGGAUAUUGGGAAUGGGCUGAGGACAUCUUGGCAGGAAGUGCACAAACCUUGAAGGCAGCAAAAAUAUAUGAUGCCGUUUAUGCUUCAUUGUUUACAUAUGACCGAAACCCAAACAUAUUACAGGCAUUCCUUGAGGCUUGGUGUCCAACUACUAAUACAUUGCUUACUUCCGCUGGAGAGCUAUCCAUAUCCCUUUGGGACUUAUACAAGAUCGGAGGUCUGUCCAUCAGAGGUCUUCCUUAUGAAGAAGUAGUGCCUAACGCAAUUGAGCUUACAGAUGUUGAUGAAAAGCAUGAGAGAUUUAUCCCUUGUUCUUGUGAAUUCUUGUUUGUAGCUUUCCAACAUCUUCAAGAAGGAGAAGCUUCUAAUCCGAGAGUUCCUCUAAGCAAGUGGAUAAAGUUUUGGUGCAAGAGGAUAUUAAGAUACAAGUCAGCUCCACUGAGGAAAGAGAAAAAAUCAGCUUGUUUGAAGUCAACCCAUAACCCAACAGGGACUAUUCGGAAAGCAGCGAAAUGGUUAAGUUCAGAUGAUGCUACGUUUUCCAAACUUGGAGUGAAAUAUGAACAUAGGACUGACACAUAUUUGGCGGCAUUUAUAUCAUGUUGGUUGUGCACCUUUGUCCAUUUACAGCUCAGCUGUAGAGUGGUGUCUUAAACCUCUAAGGCAUAUACUGGACUAUGCCAGAAAAAGGUUUCAGAAGCUCUCAGUAGUCCGAGAGGAAAUAGGUUCACUGGCAAAGUACAAGAGUAGAUGGAGAAUUGCCCCAGCAUGCGUUUGGUGGAAAAUUUGGAAGAAAAGAAACUCCAAAUAUUUUAAGACUAUAGAGGAUGAUGUACAGAAGAUCAAGUUGAACUUCAUCUUACUGUUAUGUUUUUGGUGUAAUGAGAUUUACUUUGUGAUGAGAUUUACUCUAAUGAUAUUAUCUCUGUCAUUCAUAUUUUAGACUCGCUAGAGAUAGAGAAUAGUAGAUUUUCGGAGCUUUCAUGCAAAUAUAGUUUCAGUACUACCUAAAUACCAUUUUGGUUCAUUGAUGUAAUAUACAGUUGCCAAUGCAAAGAAAAAAAGAAUUAAUCUGAUAUUUUCUGCUGC